AUGCAAUCAUACAAUCACCUUCCAGGGCUUCCAGGGCCACCCGGACCUCCGGGAAAGACUGGACCUCCGGGAUCUGGAUUUAUAGGGCCUCCUGGUCCACCCGGACCUUCGGGGGAGAAGGGGGCCCUUGGGCAAGCUGUUAAUGGGUCUACUGGGCCUCCUGGACUACCUGGACUUCCGGGAAAGGAUGGACUAAGGGGGCCAAUUGGUCCUGGGGGGAAGGAUGGUCAGCCUGGGCCUGCAGGGCCACACGGACCCCUUGGAGAGAAGGGAGCCACAGGGUCUCCCGGUCCCACAGGGAAGGUUGGGGCACCGGGUCCUGUUGGACUUACGGGGAAGAGGGGACCAAUAGGACCUGUUGGCCCUGUGGGGAUCGCGGGUAGGCCUGGGUCUGUGGGGCCUCCUGGAGCCCCAGGAAUGAAGGGCCCAAUAGGGCCAGCUGGCCCCGUGGGAAAGGCUGGAUCACCUGGGCUCACUGGGUCUGCCGGUCUUCCUGGGUCACCUGGAUCUCCAGGAAGAAAGGGACCUGUAGGGCAAAUUGGUCCUAUGGGAAAGGCUGGUAAGCCUGGGUCUGUUGGGCCUCCUGGGGCAUCAGGAAAAGAGGGCUUAGAAGGGCCAGAAGGCCAAAUGGGAAUGACCGGACCACCUGGACCCCCUGGACUACCUGGAUCUCUAGGACGAAAGGGACCUGUAGGGCCCAUUGGGCCCCAUGGUGUACCAGGAAAGAGGGGACCCAAGGGGGGAGCUGGCCCUCGGGGAAUGGCAGGGCGUCCCGGGUACCCUGGGUCUGCCGGUCCACCUGGGGCGCCUGGAGCUAAAGGCGAGAAGGGACUAAGAGGGCCAAUUGGCCCCAUGGGAAGAACUGGUAAGCCUGGGUCAGUAAGAGGAGGAAAGAGAAACACAGGCCCGACUAAACAGACUGGGAUACAAGGACGCAAAUGGGUAAAGGGAAGCAAGAAACCAAAUGUCAUGAUCCCACACAAUGCUCCGUCAUUUCACAUUGGCCAAGAUGGAAAGGCGAAAUGGGUUCUUCAAUAA